AUAUGAGGUCAAAGAGGUGAGGGAUUCGAAAUCUGAUCUAAGACAAAACAGGAUUCCUAAAACUUGAAUCAGCAGAAUGCUUGAAAGUAUUACCUGUUGGAUUUUAAUUUCAACAUUCGUCGUAUUUUCAUACUCUGUCAUUGUUUAUCCAACUAAUACGGAUAAUGGAUAUUGUGAAUAUGACAAUGGUAUAUUGAUACCCGUAAACGACUUUGCAUUCGAUGUUGAAAAAUGUGUAACAAUUGAAUGUAAACCAGGAGAAAUCGUAAAAAGAGGAUGUGCUGUGAUGGCUGCUCCUUUGCAUUUUGGUCUAAAUUGUACUCUUGUUCGAGGAAAAGGAAUCAGAAACUGCUGCCCUACUAUUCCGAAGUGCAAAGUUAUUUAUAAAUUUCCAGGAAAUAAUUCCUACCCUAAGAAUUGGAUAAUUGAAGACGAUGGCACUGCUACCAUCAUUUAUCCUCGACUGAUUCCGCAACUUGCUACAACUGAAAGCCCAACCAAAGAAGACGUGACAGUGGAAAUCGCAACUGCAGAAGGCAUGACCGAGGAUGACCUAAUCGAGGACGGCAGAACCGAAAAAGGAGCAACUGAAGAAGAUUCAACUGAUGAUGAAGACGAUGGCACUGCUGCCAUCAUUUAUGAUCGACUGAUUGCGCAACUUGUUACAGCUGAAAACACAACCAAAGAAGACGUGAUAGUGGAAAUCACAACUGCAGAAGGCAUAACCGAGGACAACAGAACCAAAAAAGAAGCAACUGAAGAAUAUUCAACUCAUGAUGAAGACGAUGGCACUGCUGCCAUCAUUUAUCCUCGACUGAUUCCGCAACUUGUUACAGCUGAAAACACAACCAAAGAAGACGUGACAGUGGAAAUCACAACUGCAGAAGGCAUAACCGAGGACAACAGAACCGAAAAAGGCGCAACUGAAGAAGAUUCAACUGAUGAUGAAGACGUUGGCACCGCUGCCAUCAUUUAUCCUCGACUAAUUCCGCAACUUGUUACAGCUGAAAAUACAACCAAAGAAGACGUGUCAGUGGAAAUCACAACUGCAGAAAGCAUAACCGAAGAUGAUCUAUUCGAGGACGACAGAACCGAAAAAGGCGAUAAUGAAGACGAUGGCACUGCUGCCAUCAUUUAUCCUCGACUGAUUCCGCAACUUGUUACAGCUGAAAACACAACCAAAGAAGUCUUGACAGUGGAAAUCACAACUGCAGAAGGCAUAACCGAGGACAACAGAACCGAAAAAGGCGCAACUGAAGAAGAUUUAACUGAUGAUGAAGACGUUGGCACCGCUGCCACCAUUUAUCCUCGCCUAAUUCCGCAACUUGUUACAGCUGAAAAUACAACCAAAGAAGACGUGACAGAAGAAAUCACAACUGCAGAAGGCAUAACCGAGGAUGAUCUAUUCGAGAACGACAGAAUCGAAAAAGGCGCAACUGAUGAAGAUUCAACUGAUGAUGAAGAAACAGCUAACAAAACUAUCGAUCCUCUUUUGAGUGAAAUCAAUCGAAAAGCUAGAAACUAUCCUCUGUUAUAAAAAAAGCUAAAAAUACUGAAUUUAUAGAUCAGAUGUAUCAUAACAGGUACAUAAAAUAAUACGAAGUGUUUGAAAAAAAGUCGUUAAAGGUUUUUUUUUGUAAAUUUUAUUGUUAUAAAAAAAGCUAAAAAUACUGAAUUUAUAGAUCAGAUGUAUCAUAACAGGUACAUAAAAUAAUACGAAGUGUUUGAAAAAAAGUCGUUAAAGGUUUUUUUUUGUAAAUUUUAUUGAAAACAAAAAGUGAUGAAAAUAUAAUUAUUAUUCAAAAAGAAAUGAUUUGAUUCAGAUUAUACAGGAUUUCAAAGUUUUUAUUUCUCCCCCAAUUUUUCAUAUUUGAAAAAAAGCAUAGGAGGCUCCAUCCCUGUUCGCUCCGCUCACUUACCCCCGUGAUUGCUUCAUAUUCAUUAUUGUUUUUCUUUAAAGUUGAUAAAAAAGAGCAUUUUGUUUAUUCAAUAUAUAACUUUUAUAACUUUAUGUAAUCACAUUUAUUAAUAUGUUAAUCGCAAUGAAAUAAGAAAUAUUUGGAUUUGAAAAAUAACUAACUGUACUUGAAAAAAAUAAUUAACUUACAGAAUUUUCGACACAAGUAAUAAAUGAGAAUUAAUAUUACUUCAUAAUAAUAUAUGACGAUAAUCCUAUCUCACAUAAUUUUUCACAUUGAAAACUGCUUUAUCUCUCUUCAUUGUUUAGGUUUAAAAAAUUUUGAUACAAAUGAUCAGAUUUAUACAUGGCUUUAACUAAUACAUGGCUACAACUUUUACAGUCAUUAAUUCUCGAACUAAUAAUUGAAUGAUAAUAUUUUUUAAUUUCAUCGAACACUUUGCUCUCUUGUCAACACAUCUUCAUAAUUUCAAGUCUCAUAUUUUUCGAACUAACUUGGGAAUGUUAAUUCUUUUUUAUUCCAUCAUAAUUCAUGUUCAAGUUUCUGUACACCUUAAUAAUUUCAAGCUUUCUAAGCUUUAUGGUGAUUGCAGUUUGCAUAUCAAAAUAAAACGUAAUUUAAAGUUGAAAUUUAUAAAACAGCGGCGACGGCUGUCUAUACGAUUUUCUAUUACAGAGAGAAAAUAAUAGGUAUUUUUAAACUAUGUUUUUAUUGCACAAUUAAAAUCUGACAGUCAAAUUAAGAAAGAAUUUAUGAAGUUGAAAUUUUUAGAAAAGGACAGACUUCGCGUGAUAUUUAUGCUAUGAGAUAUACUACUAAAUCAAUUUGCAUUCCAUUAUCCUAAUUUAUACUAUUUUGAUAACAGUUUGAAUGAAUACUGAAAAUAAUAUUCUAGAUUUUAAAUCCUUCAAGACUUAUUGACAGAGUGUAGUAUUUCGUAGUUAGUAGAUUAUUAGGCAUAAAUAUAUACUUCUAGCUAAUUUGGGAAUUUUUUUUAUUUAAUAGCACAUCAUUGUAAUUAAUUGAAUCUAACUUUCCAUACGAAUAGUUUUUAUUAAACUUCUUAGUAAAUUAUAAAUUUCGAUACAUUUCUAAAGAAACAUAUAUGAUAAUUUUCAUUCGUCUUGCGAUUGAAUUCUAAAAAACAUUUACAUAAAAUCUCAUGUUUUCUUAAAGGAAUAAAGGCUUUGUUAACACUAGAUUUCUCUGAUCAAAAAUUAGAAACUGUCAUAUUUUAUAUUUUUAAUUAAUUUUUUGUCACAUGUUUAUGCUUAUAUUUAAUUUUGUGCCAUAUGUUUAGACGUUGAACUUGAUUUAAGCACAUGUGUUGAUGUUUAAUCAAAUCCUAUUUAUCAGAUUAAAGAACGAAGGAAGUUAUUGAAUAUGUGAUUUAAUUUUUAAACGCUAAGCAUAUGGAAAUAUCAAAAUAAUCUCUUUCAAAAUAAAUAUUUAAAAUAUAGUAGUUUUAUCUGUAGCUGCUAUUGUGUAUGUAUUAAAACUUUUACAAUUUGUA